AUGGCACCUCCGAACAUUGAUGUCACAAAGACUCUUGAGAACAAUACCCAUCCACAAUGGUGGAAGGAUCCUGGGAUGCGGAAGCUGAACUUCAUGAUUCUUUGCGUCAUCACGGCGCAAAUGACUUGUGGAUAUGAUGAAGCUGUCGUGGGAAACUUUCAGGCUAUGAAACCAUGGUUGAAAGAUAUGUCUUACCCCGACGCGUCCCAUAUUGGCCUCAUCACAACAAUCAUCUUCGUUGGUGGCUUCAUCGGCUCUUUCCCUGCAUCACCAGUGGCAGAUGUUUACGGACGCAAGAUGGGGCUGUACAUCGGCUCUUUCUUCACCUUGAUUGGAACCAUCAUCCAAACGUCAGCGUUUGGAUAUGCUCAAUUUAUGGUUGGAAGGUGCUUGCUUGGCGUAGGAAUAAGCUUCACUUGCGUUGCUGGUCCCUCAAUGAUCGCCGAGCUUGCACACCCAAGACAACGAGGUACCGUCCUUGGAUUCUUCAACACGCUGUGGUAUGUCGGUGCUAUCAUUGCGGCGUGGGGUAGCUUCGGCUCAGGACACCUGAGCACAAGUUGGUCUUGGCGGAUCCCCAGCCUGGUUCAAGCACUCCCACCAAUCUUCUUGAUCGCGAUGUUGCCAUUCAUGCCAGAGAGUCCAAGAUGGCUUCUUGCAAGAGGAAGAUCGGAAGAUGCAAGAGCAGUCCUGGCAGAGUAUCAUGCCAAUGGACAGAUGGACGAUGAGUUGGUGCUGUAUGAGAUUGACGAGAUCAAUACCGCUCUAGCGAUCGAGAGUAGAUAUUCUGAAGUGGGGUGGAACAUUCUAUGGAACACCGCUGCAAACAGGAAAAAAAUGGCAGUCACCAUCUCGGUGUUUGUUUUGUGUCUAUGGUGCGGACAAGGAGUCAUCAGUUACUAUUUCUCACCCCUCCUCACUUCGUUGAAAGUAACUGGUACCAACCAGCAGACCGGAAUCAACGGCGGGAUGCAGAUCUGGAACUUUUUGGUCUCGAUCGCGGGCGCUUUACUUGCGGAUAGGAUUGGACGACGAUCUCUUUGGAUGGUCUCCCUCAACGGCAUGAUCUGUGCCAAUAUCGGAAUCACAAUCACCAGCGCAGUGUUUGACAAGAACGGAAACAAUGCUGCCGCAUACAUGGCAAUUGCCUUUCUCUUCUUGUACAAUGCUGGCUUCAACAUUGCUUGCAACCCACUUGCAUAUUCAUACCCCACCGAAAUUCUUCCGUACAGCAUGAGAACCAAAGGACUUGCCGCCAUGGUCGCAAUUGGACAGGCUCUCUUGAUUGUCUCGCAGUAUGCUAACCCGGUGGCAAUUGCUGCUAUUGGAUGGAAGUAUUGGCUGUUCUUUUUGGGCAUGUUGGUUCUCUUCCUUGCUAUGGUGUACUUCACGUAUCCUGAGACGAAAGGAUUGACGCUUGAAGAGCUUGCAAGGCUUUUCGAAGAUGAUAAGACUAUGAAUGUGGUUGAGAAGAUGGAAGGUAUUGAACCAGAGACUGAGGUGGUUGCGGUUACUGUAGAUAAGAAGGAAUAA